UCUCCUAAAUACUCAUUAACCUUAAAAAGCAAACACUCACACUCUCUCUCUCUCUGUCUCUCUCUUCCUUUUUCUCCUUUUCCUUUGCCACCAUUCGCGGGAAGAAACUCCAAAUCCAAGAAAUCAGCGGGAUUCUUCUUUCUUCCCCAGGCCUUGUUAUAUGUUAGAUUGACAAACAAAGCAUAAUCACAAAAUGGAAAAGAGGCAACUUGAUUUCAAUGCACCACUUAUGUCUGCAAGGAGAUAUUCAUCACCUUCGAAAUCUUCCGAGCUAGCAAAACGUAAGGUGGUGGAGAGGCCACCGCCCUCCCGGCAGCAAUCUCUUCAACCUACGAAACCCAAAUGGGAAUGUGAGGAGGUGACGAUGACAAAACCAGCUUCUGUUCCAUUUCACUGGGAACAUAUCCCGGGAAGGCCUAAAGGUGAAGCCGAGAGCCACUCACAUACCCCUGAGGAGUCAACCACACCGCGUCUUCCUCCAGCAAGGAUAUCAGAUGCCACGAGGCGCAGCACAGGCGAAAUCCCAAAGCUUCCUCCUGGCCGGUUAUCUGGUCAUUCGAGAUACUGUUCUGGUGAAAGAACGAACGAUCAGAAUGUUUACAGGUCCCACACUGAAGCAUUUUCCGUCACUGAUCAUGCUAGUCUUUUGGAGAGAUUGAAUGAUAGUUUGAACUGUAAAGACGAUUCGGAUUCAGAGAGUGGAGAUGAGGCGUAUUCAGAUGCACUCGACACGCUCUCACUGACAGAGUCAUGGUCCUUCAAUUACAGUGUGAGUGGGAUCAGUGGUUACAUGAGUUCUGGUGUGAAGCCGUCUGGAACCUUUUCCGUGGACAAACAAACUCGAGAUUUCAUGAUGGAUAGAUUCCUGCCAGCAGCCAAGGCCGUUGUGGUGGAAACGCCUGAAUACGCUGUGAAGAAGCCGUCUCCACUUGAGGAGAAGCCGGUGAAGAAAGCAGUUUCUAGGGAGAUGAAGCCGUCACUCAAGCAAUAUAGUUCGGAUGCAUUACCGUAUUACACCAAGUAUAUCAAUAGCAUGGAGAGUGAAGACGAGGAUCAGGAGUCAGUUGCUCCUCCGAGUAAAAAGUCUGGGAAAGCUUGGGGGAUCAUCCCUCGAUUUUGUGUCAAGAAUUCGCUGUGCCUUCUGAAUCCUCUCCCAGCUUUGAAGUCGAAACCAAAGAGCCGGCCUUCCUCCCCUUCAACGCGUGAAGUGAAAAGAUUCACUAGAAAUGCACACAGUGGACCACUUGACAAGAAUGCUUCCCAGGCGGUACAAAAGACGAAAUUUCAUUCCGGAUUGCUGUCACGGGAUCUUCCAAGAAUCGACAAGUUUAGCAACCAGUAUCUCAGCUCCAAUGACACACACAGAUCAGCAGGAGUGUCUCCAUUGGGGCGCCAACGAAGUGGCAACAUCUCUCCGUAUCGCAACGAAACCCCAAAGUCUCCAUUUCGCGAAGGAGCAGGGUUCCUUGGUGUCCCUAAAGAAGCCGAGAUUUUCAAUGCUAAGCUUGCUUCAUCGCGCAAGAUGUUCAGGGCCCUGCAAGAUGUGUCGAGGAAUCAGAUAAACGCAGCCCCUGCAGACUAUCCUGUGGAGAAAACAGUGUACGUAGAUUACGUGAAGAAGAAAGAACUUCCCAGCACGAAUCCAUCUCCAAAAAGAGCUCAAGUUCUUGAUGCCUACAAAGCCAACGGAAUAAGUCCUAGAUUCAUACCUUCACCUAAGCCAGAAUCGAGAAAUGAAGCUCCUUGUGAAGCAGAAUUCAUGACGAAUGAAGAAGACGAUAAUGGAAGAAGAGAGACAGAUCCUCCUCCGAGAUCUCCUUUACCUCCACCACUCCCAAAAUCUCCAUCGGAAUCUUGGCUUUGGCGCACUCUGCCUUCCAUCACACUAGGAAAUCCAUUUGCUAACUCGCGUCGAGGCAGCCCUCUCCACCCCAACAAACAGCAGGGGAAGAAGGCCUCAGCCACUAACUCCAAAUGGGAGACCAUUGUAAAGACUUCCAACUCCCGUCAUGAUCACAUCCGCUUCUCAGAGGAACUCGUGCAUCGUGCUUCUUACAGGCGGCCGAUGAAGUCGUAGGAAACCACGACGAGUGCUGAUUUGCAAGAUUUCGAAAGUGUCUUGGUUCGCAGAUUUGCAAGACCUUCCAGAUCAUACUAAUUUUAUUGAGGAAAUAUAUAUAUAAGUCAAGUUGAUGAGAUAUGAAGAUUGAAGGGCAGUUAUUAUAGUUAUUUUUGUAUCCCUCUUUUUUUAUAUGGUGGUGGGAUUAAGAUGAAGAGUUGUAUUGGUUUCUCCUUAUCAUCACAGAAAGUCAAUAAUAUUUGCUCAGCUUCUGUGUUUUA